AUGCUGCGAAAGGACAAGGAUCGAAUCACAAGAGUGUGGUUUGGCGAUGCCGCAUGUUCUCAUAUAUGGACCGGAGGAAUGCGAAGCAGUUCUAGGCAGCAGCAAAUGUUGAAUAAGACUAUGCAGUACAGCUUUCUUUCGGCAUGGAUUGGUGAAGGAUUGUUGAUCAAGCCGGAUAAAUGGCGUCCACGGCGGAAACUUCUCACGCCCACAUUUCACUAUGAAAUCCUGAAAGAUUUCGUUGAGGUCUACAACCGACAUGGUCGGACGCUAUUGGGCAAGUUUUUGAAGCACGCCGAUAGCGGAGAGUACGAGGACAUCUUCCACACUGUCACCCUCUGCACCCUGGAUGUGAUUUGCGAAGCUGCGCUUGGCAUCUGCCUCGACGUGCAGAAGAAUCCUCAUUCCCCGUAUCUGGAUUCAGUGUUCAAGAUGAAAGUGAUAAUUCAAAAGAGAUUAGUCAAACCGCAGUACUACCCGGAGUUUCUGUUCAACUUGAUCGGAGCUGGAAGGGAACAAGCACGUUGCGUCAAGAUUCUGCACGAAUUCACGGGCAAUGUGAUUCGAGCCCGAAAGGCAAAGGCUGACGCAGCAGGUGGUGUGGAGAAACUUCUUGCGCAAGAGUCAGCGGAA